CUUCUUUCCUCUCCAGCUAUGCGCUGUUCUUCUACGGCGAUCAGGCGGCGAGAAAGCGAUGGAGACUCCGAUGCGGCCAAUACCGUCCACCAUACUCUCCGUCUCUUUCGCGCAGUCUGCCGCCAUCUCUCUCUCCGUGCAGAUCCAUGCCUGGCGGCGAUCGCCCCAAUCCGCCGAGUGGACCUCAAGGCUGCCGAGAUCUUAAAGGCCAACGGCCGGUUGCCAGUCCACCCACCACCAGCGCUCCUCGGCGCCGUACCAGGAGUCGAGGUUGGAGACGAGUUCAUCUAUCGCAUUGAACUCGCCAUAGUCCGCCUCCACCGCCCUCCGGAGAAUGGUAUUGACUACGAUACCGUCACCGGUCUCGCCACCAGCAUCGUGGUCUCCGACAGGUUCUUGGAUAGCUGGAACGUGUCGGAUGGAUUGCUUUCGUAUAUCGGCAUGGGAGGGUUUGGUGGGAGAAAGGUGGAGCCGAAGGAUCAGAAAAUGGAGAAAGGGAAUCUGGCGCUGAAGAGAAGCAUGGAUGCGAAGAAGCCGGUGAGAGUAAUAUACGGCAUUAGAGAUUUCAAGCGGAAUACGGCGUCGGUGUUUUUCUAUGAUGGGUUGUAUAUUGUUGAGGAGUGCAAGAAGGUGAUUGGCAGUAAUGAUUGCUUUUUGUUUGAGUUUCAGUUGCGGAGAAUGGAAGGGCAGCGGCGUUGUGAUAAGUGGGAGACUCUGUUUGAGAAGAAGAAGGUUUGGGGAUGGAAGCAGCUCCGAUCUGCCUGUGAUUCCGGGAAGAAGGUUUUAGCGAAGUAGCUUUGGUGCUUAGGAAAGUUUUAAUUAGUAACUAAUUACCUUUUUUUUUAAAUUUACAUACAUAAACC